CAUUCUCUUCUCUCUUUUCACCUCCUUCAUCCUCCUCUUUUCAGCGGUCAAAAAUGGUCUUCAAGGUUGCUGACGUUUCCCUCGCCGCCUUCGGUCGCAAGGAGAUCGAGAUUGCAGAGAAUGAGAUGCCCGGUCUCAUGUUCAUCAGGCAGAAGUACGGCGCUGCUCAGCCCUUGAAGGGUGCCCGCAUUGCCGGAUGCCUUCACAUGACCAUUCAAACCGCUGUUCUCAUCGAGACCCUCACCCACCUCGGUGCGGAGGUGACCUGGUCGUCCUGCAACAUCUUCUCCACGCAGGACCACGCCGCUGCUGCCAUUGCCGCAACUGGCGUGCCGGUGUUCGCCUGGAAGGGUGAGACUGAGGAGGAGUACCAGUGGUGCAUCGACCAGACCAUCGCUGGAUUCAAGGACGGCAAGGCCCUGAACAUGAUCCUCGAUGAUGGUGGCGACUUGACCUCGAUGGUGCACGAGAAGUACCCCCAGUACCUGAAGGACAUCCGCGGUAUCUCUGAGGAGACCACCACCGGUGUUCACCACCUGUACAAGGCGUUCCGCGAUGGCAAGCUCAAGGUCCCCGCCAUCAACGUCAACGACUCCGUCACGAAGUCCAAGUUCGACAACCUGUACGGCUGCCGCGAGUCCCUCGUCGAUGGCAUCAAGCGUGCCACCGAUGUCAUGCUUGCGGGCAAGGUCGCCGUUGUCGCUGGCUUCGGUGAUGUCGGCAAGGGCUGCGCUGAGUCCCUCCGCUCUUACGGCGCGCGCGUCAUCAUCACGGAGAUCGACCCCAUCAACGCCCUCCAGGCUGCGAUGGCCGGCUACGAGGUCACGACCAUGGAGGAGGCUGCGCCCCGCGGUAACGUCUUCGUUACCACCACCGGUAACCGCGACAUCAUCACUGGCAAGCACUUCGAGGUCAUGCCGGAGGAUGCUAUCGUCUCCAACAUCGGCCACUUCGACGUCGAGAUUGACGUUGCCUGGCUCAAGGCCAACGCCGCCUCGGUGUCCAACGUCAAGCCCCAGGUUGACCGCUUCACCAUGAAGAACGGUCGCCACAUCAUCCUUCUCGCUGAGGGCCGUCUUGUCAACCUCGGCUGUGCCACCGGCCACCCGUCCUUCGUCAUGUCCUGCUCCUUCUCCAACCAGACGCUCGCGCAAAUUGCGCUCUGGACCACCCCGGAGAAGUUCCCCCUCGGCGUGCACAUGCUCCCGAAGGAGCUCGACGAGGAGGUCGCGCGCGCCCACCUUGCGCAGCUCAACGUCAAGCUCACCACGCUCUCCGACGAGCAGUCGAAGUACCUCGACAUCCCGGUCAACGGCCCGUACAAGCCGUCGCACUACCGCUACUAGACGAGGGAUCGCGAUCCACCAACGACGGCCUCAACGAGCCCUCGCCAAAAGCAUAGGAUCUUCAACGUCCUGGACCCAGAGACAUAUUUAACUAUGUUGUGCGCGCGAGUAUGGACGCCGGUGAUGAUUCUGUGGAUGUAACUUGGUCGAGGGAGCGCCUUUCCCGGUAGGAGGCGCUCGUUGCUUGGGGCGCGGAGCGCCUCGAGCGGCGGGCCAGGGAGAGGGGGAUGGGAGAGAAGGCGUAUACAAUGUAACUGGUGCUUCAACGCGCUCCAUAUGUACGAAUAUCGAUGCGAUGCAUGUUACGACUGA